AUGCGCUGCUGGAAAAUGACGGCAGUCUUUGUGCUCUGCUCACUGCUGCUCAGCCAGACGCACUGCGCUUCCUUGCGCCAGCCGCGGCUAUCGAGGCAGAGGCGGAUGACGCCGUUCUGGAGAGGAGUGUCGCUGAGACCCAUCGGAGCCUCGUGCAGGGAUAACAGCGAAUGCGUUACAAUGCUGUGCAGGAAGAACCGCUGUUUCCUUAGAACGGCCUCAGAGUGA